AUGAACGAAGUAGAUCUCGCUGGAAUAACAGAGACUUGGUUAAAUUCAAUUAUUCUUGAUAGCUGUGUAAACAUUCAGGGCUAUAACUUAGUUCGAAACGAUCGCACUGAGAAACGGGGUGGCGGAGUUUGCGUGUUUGUGAAGUCUUCAAUUCCUUUCGUGACGCUUCCAAAUCUUGGCUGUCCUAACCAUGAGUGUUUGUGGGUAAAACUUAGACCUUACCGACUUCCAAGAGAAAUUUCAUGUAUUAUUGUUUGUGUGUUAUACAAUCCACCUCUUGCAGAUAAUAACGAACUAUAUGAGUACAUUAUUGUCUCUUUAGACAAAAUAUUAUUACAAUACCCUGGAGCAGGAGUCAUCGUCAUGGGCGACUUUAAUCAGUUUGACACUAAACGUCUUUGCAGAAAUUCAUCUCUCAAACAAAUUGUUAAGAAACCAACCCGUGGAAUAGCGACUUUGGAUUUAAUACUUACCAAUAUAAAGCGUUGGUACAAAGAUCCAGAUAUUCUUCCCGCUAUUGGUCAAUCGGAUCAUAUGUCAAUUAUGUUAUAUCCACUUGAAAACCCCGUCGUACCAACACAACUACCAAAGUUUGGGUUAGAAAGCGAAAUCCAUCAAAUAUACAGCCUUUUGGUCGCUUCCUCUCAAAUCUGGAUUGGAGUGUACUUUCCCGAUUAUCUUCUUGCCAAAGUAUCUGUGAUCUGUUCUAUGACAUCAUUCUCAUGGGCCUGGAUACUAUUAUUCCCCCAAAAGCAGUCAGACUCCACUGUAGAGAUAAAGCAUGGAUUACACCUGAAAUAAAAUCGCUUAUUUCCCAAAGACAAAAAGCACUUAGCUUGGGAAUAAAGCUGAAUACAACAAAUUAAGGAACAAAGUUAUUCGUGUUAUCAAAGAAAUGGUGGAGUGCAAUAAAAAAUUUAGUUGGCUCUUCUUCAAAACCAGUUUUUAAUUCUGUUGAGGCUGAUGGAAUCAUCUUACAAAGAAGAGAAUUAGCGUCCGCAGUUAACGAUGCAUUUAUUGCUGCCACCAAAUCAUUACCUCCGUUAUCGGAAUAUGAAAAAAAUACAUGUCGAAGAGUCUAGUGUCCCAUACACCAUCUCUGACAUUACUAUUGAAUCCCAUUUAAAGAAAAUCCAAUCCAAUAAAGCACCUGGUCCAGAUGGCAUACCAAACUGGAUUCUCAAUACGUUUUCCAUGGAGCUCUCUGAACCUGUGACAAUUAUAUUCAACACCUCUAUUAAACAGGCACAGUCCCAAGGCAGUGGAAAGAGGCGGAUGUUAUUCCUGUCCCAAAGCCAACCCCAGUAACGGAUAUAUUCUCAGAUCUUCGACCUAUAUCACUAACUGCUACACUGUCAAAAAUUCUUGAGUCGUUCCAAUUUCGAAGGAUCAUGGAUACUAUUCAUUCGACAUUGGAUCAAAGACAAUUUGGUUCAUUAAAAGGAUAUUCCACCGUGGAUGCGUUAAUUAGCAUGUUCCAUUGUUGGUUUUCAGAUACAGAUGGCAAUGGCGAAACCGUACGUGUUUUUCUAUUAGAUUUUAGUAAGGCAUUUGAUAGAAUUAACCAUCAAAUCCUCAUAAAAAAGAUGCGAUUACUCGGCAUUGAUAAUUCUCUAAUUAAUUGGGUAAUUGACUUCCUCAUGUAAAGAGACAGAGGGUGAAAUUGGGGUCUGUGUCAUCUGAUUGGGAAUUUGUAAAUGGCGGCGUACCGCAGGGUACAAUUCUCGGCCCGCUUCUUUUUCUUAUAAUGGUUAACGACUUAGCCGUCACUCACAACAACCGAUGGAAAUAUGUUGACGAUACCAGUCUUUCGGAAACAAUCAUUAAAGGUAAACAAAGCCAUUUACAAACUAUUAUAGACGAUAUUGAGAAAUGGUGUACAGAGAAUGAUAUGGUACUUAACCACGCCAAAUGUAAGCAGUUGAUUAUUUCGUUUGCUAAAGAUACACCGAACAUUCGUCCAUUGUUUGUUGGAGAACAUUGUAUUUCCCGGGUUUCGUCAGCAAAAAUCCUUGGUAUUAUUUUCUCGUCUGAUCUUCAUUGGAACUUGCAUAUUGAAUACAUCGUAGCAAAAGCAUCAAAGAGACUAUACUUUCUCCGAGUACUUAAACGAAGCGGAGUUGGAAUGAAUUCUCUAAUCCAAGUAUUUUUUACAUGUAUACGGCCUAUCCUUGAAUACGCAUGCCAGGUUUGGGACUACGGUGCUCCAGAUUAUUUAAAAGAAGAAGUUGAAAGAAUUAAAAAACGCGCCUUGCGAAUAAUACAUACCGAUCUAUCGUAUCGGGAAGUUAUGAAACUUAAUGGAAUUCAAUCACUUAGUCAAAGAAGAAAUGAUAUAUGUAUGUCAUACUUCAAAAAACUUCUUCACCCCAACCACAAGUUGCACGAACUCGUUCCUGAUAGACGUGAGAACUUAGUCAAUUAUACUCUUCGUAAUGAUAACCAUGUCAAUUUAAUUGACUGUAAAACUAAUAGAUUUCGAAAUUCAUUUUUACCUACAAGUAUUUUAGCUUAUAAUGACUCAUUAUCAUAAUAUUUAGACGUUUUAACGAUUUUUAAAAUUUGCAUGGUAGUAACAUAUAGUAUUACGUAGUUAUAAAAAAUUUCAUGUAGUAUAUGUUAUUAAGAGUCCUCUUACGAAUUAUGUAAUUAAUUAUGUAUAUUUCAGCUUUUAGCUGCUACUCAGAUUAACAUUUCAUUAAAUACAAAUACAUUUAUACAGACAUUCAGAGUGUUUUUUAACGUCCAACGUGGUGUUCGUUCAAGCCAUUCGUAAAUGCCCGGAAAUUCAAGGUUUGCGUCUUCCCGGUGGCAAAGAAGUAAAAAUCUCUCAGUAUGCUGAUGAUAAUACUUGUAUCGUUACCAACACUUCUGGCAUUUUUAAGGUUGAUGUCUUUGACGAAUACGGUCGAGCGUCUGGGGCGCGACUCAACAGAACUAAGUCAAAAGGUCUUUGGCUGGGCAGGUGGCGCUGUCGCACAGAUUCUCAAUGCGUGUUAGAGUGGGUUAACUCACGCCUUAAGAUUGUCGCUGUUUAGUUCGGUGACAAAGGUGCGUGUUUGAAAUCGUGGAAGGAAGUCUCGGCAAAGUUCAUCGCGGUUAUAAAGAUAUGGGAAUCGCGGUUAGAAAAAAAUGGGAAUCGCGGUUUUUAACUUUACGUGGGAAGGUAACGGUGCUUGAUCAAUGACAACACGAAGCCAAAUUGUGAUAUUCCGUCUCCAUUUUACAGUCAUCUCGUUCGUGUGUUGAAAGAAUUCUCUGUCGACCUGAGCCAACCUCAGCAAAGCAAAUUUUACUAUGCUCGUCGUCUGCAAAAUUGUGUUUCCCCGGUUCAAACGCGAAGCGAAGUGCAUUGGAAUCGGCGGUUAGGUCCGGGAGUGAUUUGGAAAGAUAUCUGGAAAGAAAUUGCUCACAGUAUGAAUGAUCCAGUUUUGCGGGAUUUUGAUUGGCGGACGGUUAAUCGUAUCUUACCAGUAAAUUCUCGAAUGCAUCAGUGGAAUUCACGGUUACCUCCACGAUGUGCUCGGAGUGGGGCUCAAGUUGAAACCUUAGAGCAUGUUAGUUAGUUUCGUUAGAUUCGUUAGAUGUGUUGGUUGAUUGUCCAAAUAAUAAAGAUAUGUGGAUAUUCAUAUUAAAUUUGUGUCAUCGAAUUGAUCCAUCCGUGAUUGGUUUCUCAGAGAAGAACUUAUUUUUGGGCUGCUUUUCACAAUGGGUGUCGAAGGAUUUAUUGCGUUACAUAAUGUGUGUUGGGAAAUUUCCCGCUUGGAAAGAACGCGUUUCGGUGCAAUUCAACAAGGAUCAGAAAAUUAACUGUGGGACAUAUUUCAAGAAUUACGUUCGACGAAGACUUCGAAUGGAACAAUGCUUCAUAAGAGUGGAGACUUUUAUGUCAAAAUGGUGUAUUAAUAAUGUCUUGGCUCAGUGGCGGAUCCAGCAAAGUUUUUUGUUGUUGUUUUUUUUUUGGGGGAGCUAACCAAUGGCGAAACGAGCACCGAAGGCGCAAGAUUUUUAAAAUUUGGGUCUCUGAAAUGGCAUUUCCAGCAUUCUGAGAAAACAUUGUGGAAAAUUUUUAGGAUUCUCAAAACAUUUAAAAAUUCAGAAUAUUUAAUAUUGGCUAUUCCGCUAUUGUCACCCCCAUGCAAUUUUUUCUAAAUCCACCACUGUCUUGGCUUGUGUAAGGGACGAUAAUAUUCAGAUUUUGAUAUAGAACAAUAAGUGUGUUUUAAGGUGACAAUAUGUGUGUUUCGUUGUGUGUUCACAAUUGUGUAAAUAUUUGAUUCCCCAUAGCGAUUUUCGUUAUGUGGGCUUUCUAUUUAAUAUUUCCGUAGAGGAGAAGAAAAGAAUGAGUCUAUAGACAUUUUUUCCUGGCUUGGCUCACGAGCUGAGCCGAUUAAUUAAGUGACACAAGCAAAAAAGCGUCAUCAAACCAAGAACUGUAUGUAUGCAUGCGCAAUUAUCAAUUCGAAUUUCCGAUCUUAACUACAACAUCACAAACAUCAUAUUCACAUGCGUACAUAACACCAACACAGAAAAAAAAUACUAAGACUAAAUUAGCUUCAAUUAUCCUACCUUAAUUAUCAUACCACAUGCUUCCGCAAUUAUUUUCAGCUAUAAAUACCAAACUUCGAGCAGGCAAUUAAUUAGCAAAACUCUGCUUCUCCUUCAGAAUUUCAUAAACGGACAAAUCUUUCGCCUUUUACUGAAGAUUUCCGUGGAGAAGUAUUUCAUAACUGGAGACAAGAAGACGAAUGGAGAAGGAACCUUCUAGAUGUGGUGGUGACGAAGCACUGGUCGUGGGAAUCCUGGUGGCGCUGCCGGUGAUGCUCUUGCUGCUCCUGGUGGUGGUGCUGCUGCUAGUGGUGGUGAUGCAACCCGCGGUAGUGGUCCUGCAAGUGCUGGUGGUGCACGUCGUGGUAGUGAUGCUAGUCGUGGAGGACGUGGUGAUAGUCGUGGUACUGGUGGUGCAAAUCGUAAUGGUGAUGCAGGUCGUAUUGCUGAUGAUGCAAAUCGUGGUGGUGCUGAUGCACGUCGUGAUCACUGCAUGAAAAGCGACGUAUUCCGAGGUAUUCACAUGUCUACACGGGUUAGAAGAAAACGCAUAUUGCAUCAGUAUUCUGACGUGGAAUAUUAG